AGCUGAGAUCGGUUCAGUCAGUUCUCGGCCUCUCAUCGGUGCCAUGGCGCCCUACAAUGCGAAUGAGGAAGUGGCGCCUCCCUUCCAGACCGUCUACUUCUCCGAUGAGUUCAUGAGCAAGUAUGAGCCCUUAGCCACAGCCAACCGGAGGCUGAAAGAGGACAAGAAUGAUGCCGAAGCUCAGAAGAUCUAUGACGAGCACUUCCCCCUCUACAAGAACUAUGAUUGGUGCAGCACAUGGGAUGGCAACAAGUAUGACCUUGUCUUCUAUGGCGUCUCGGGCUACACGGGCUACUUGAUGAUGGAGUACUUGAAGCGCGUCUCCCUGAAGCGCACCCCAGAGCCCUUCACCUUUUGCUUCGCUGGGCGUACGCCCUCGCGUGUGGCGGAGCUCCGCGACCGAGAGUUUGCGGGCACCCAGUGGGAAAACACACCGGUGCUGCAGAUGUCCUACGAUGAUCCCUAUUCGGUCAUCGAUUUGGUGAAAAGUGCAAGAUGCAUUAUCAAUGUGGCAGGGCCUUAUAUGCUCACACAAGGCGAGCUCAUGAUCGACUGCUGUAUCACCAUGGGGGUGCACUACUGCGACAUCAGUGGUGAGAUUCCUUGGUCCAGGCGUAUCACUCCUUUGCACAAGUACGCACAGCGCAACAAGGCGUUCAUCAUCCCUUCGGCAGCCUCCGCCGGCGGCUUCCCGGACCUUUGCACCUUCCUUUGUGCCAAGAAGGCCCAUGAGGAGUAUGGGGAGGAUUUGCGGAAGGCCAUUUGCUAUGUGAAUGGUGGUGGUGCUAUUGCGACGGCCUCCGGCGGUACGCUGAAGACCCGUGCCACGAUGGCGGCCGGUGGCGAUGAGACGCGCAAGAUGAUGGGCGACCCCUAUGCACUGGGUGGCUUUGUGCCGGAUCGCGACCGUCAUGGCAUCAAGUACUGCAACAUCGAGUUUGGCACGGGAAAAGUCACCACUAAGGUGCGAGCUGAAGAUUUGGACGCCAACAUGUCGAAGAUCUCAGAGGAUAAACAUUUGGGCAUUUGGCGCGGUCCCAACGUCUACUCCUACUUCGAUACACGCAUUGUCAGGCGGUCGAACAUGCUGCUAGCGGACAUGGGCGGCCAACCGUACGGAAAGAGCUUGAACUUUCUUCAGUUCUCAUGGCUCCCCACCGAGAUGCUCAUGCAGCAAAAGGGCGGCGGUGGCGGUGCCGGCGGAGGUGCCGGCGGUGGUGCUGGUGGCGGCGGCGGCGGAGGCAGCGUGGAUGCGGAGCGAAAGGCUUUGGAGGCCAAAGGUGUGUACUACAAGGCCGGUGAAGGUCCGCCACUCGAAGAGUUGGAAGACGCCUGGUCCGCGUGGUUCGUGUGGACCCAGACCGAGAAGGGCCGUGAGAUCAAGUGCGACUUCAUUGGUCGAGACGGCUAUUUCGAGACCGCGCGCAUCGCGGUGGAGACGGCCAUGACCUUGGUCUUUGACCAACCAAAGCUGCCCUUCCCUGGCGGUGUCUUGACCCCGGCGGUGGCCUGUGGCGAAGCCCUUGCACAUCGGUUGAUCCACAGCGGAGUGAAGUUCAAGAUGGGCGAUUGGCAUGGCAAGGAAGAGUUCAAUCCUCCUCCAAAUCCCUGAGAAGGCAGUGUGAACUUGAGAAGCGACGUCGGUGUGGGCAGACUGUGGGCCUCUUCCGGAC